GUUCUGAACAUUUUGCUAUAUUAAAAUACCUUUGUGUUCGAUGAAAAUUUUUAGUAAUUUUAGUUUAAAGUUCAAUAAAUAGUUACCUCUUGCAGCUAGUUUUCGCAAAUUCAAACUUCGAAAACUUUUGAACGGUGAAAGAUACAGCUUUCGGUAAACAACCAUUUUAAAGAUGAUAAAGUUGUGAACAUUUUGCUAUAUUAAAAUACAUAUGUGUUCGAUACAAAUUUCGAGUAUUUUUGGUUUAAAGAUGACGUACAUAGUAUGAAAACAGUGGUAAUAGAACUAAAUAGAAGUAUUCAUUGAACCGUUAUUUUUGCGCGAAAUGUUAUAAAUUUAACAUCAAUGGACACGGAAUUUCGUCGUCUUUAAUUUGAGACCAUUUAAAAGUUCGUCCAAAUCCGAGAAUAAUUGUCAAAAUUGCAUUUAUAACUCGUAAAAUUGUAUGUACACUUAUGGCGUAGUGAUAAAACCAUGAGUAAAAUGACUCACUAGCGCUGCAGGUGUUGACGAAACGAAAUGUUAUCGUUAUAGUGAUUUCCCCAUCGCUAGUUGGCCUACUUGUUAAAACUCUAUAUUACUUUAGUUUGUACUUUGUUUGUGUAUCAUCAUAUCAUUAGACAUGUCUAUGGACAAUUUUUCGAAUAUCCAAACAGUCAUAAUUGUAAUCCUUCGAAUCGAUCACAGUUCAAAUUUCAAAAAGUUUUGUGCGCGUGCGCACUGCGAACUUCUCGUUUUAUUCAUUUCAUGUUUUAUCCAGGUUUUUUGUUCCCUGUUCGUUUGUAUUGUAUUGUAUCAUCGCAUCUUCAUCUUCUACUUCUAUUCAUUCUUCAUCAUUCAUACAUUACAUUCGGGAGAUUCUCGUAAUUUCCGAUUCAUCAAUUUUAUGUUAUAAAAAUGUUGUGAAUGCCGUGAUGUAACAAUAAUUAGUGUAAUUUAUAAAACUACUUACGACAUUUGAAACAUUUGCAACUUAGUUUUGAUGUUACCAUGAAACCAGAAAAUGGCUGUGUUUAAAAGUUGAUACUUGAGAACAUCCGGGAUUAUAUACCUCAGCAUGCCAGGAUGGACGAAUGGACAUUGAAUGACUUACUAGAAUGUUCUGUUUGUUUGGAACGACUUGACACUUAUAGUAAAGUUCUUCCCUGCCAACAUACGUUCUGCAAAAAAUGUUUGGAAGAAAUUGUGCAUACCCACAAAGAACUGAGAUGUCCAGAAUGUCGAGUUUUGGUGGAAGUGGGAAUCGAAGAUUUACCUCCAAAUGUUUUAUUAAUGAGAAUUUUAGAAGGAAUGCGAAAUGGACCUAGAAGAAGCACAUCUGCCGUUCAUUCAUUUCCAAAUGAAUCAGUUCCCAUCGCGGAAUCGUCAAAAUCCACAACUUCGGCGUUUUCUUCACAAUUACGCGUGAGAAGCAGAUCUCUAAAUCCACAAGGUUCCCAAGGAUCGGAAACUCAUCAACCUCAUGGCAUCGCUAUGUAUGACUACAUAGCAAAAGAACCCGGAGAUUUGAGUUUUAAAAGGGGCGAUGUGAUUUUAUUUCGCCGAAAAAUUGAUAAUAUUUGGUAUCAAGGUGAAUGUAAUGGUGUUUUGGGUGUAUUUCCUCUUCCUUAUGUGCAAGUAAAAUUACCUCUGCUUGCUACGUAUCCUUCUCAUAUCCCACAAUGCAAAGCAUUAUAUGACUUCAACAAAUGUCACGAAGAUGAUGGUUGUCUGUAUUUUACCAAAGGAGAUAUCAUAACAGUAAUUCGAAGAAUUGAUGAAAACUGGGCGGAAGGGAAAUUGGACGAUAGAAUCGGUAUGUUUCCUAUUAGUUUUGUUGAGAUGAAUCACCACGCUAAAAAUUUGAUGAAAGCUUCGUUGAAUAUCACAACGUUUUCUCGUGAUCCUCCACCUACACCGACUGAAGAGUCUUUGCCAUUAAUUUCCACUGAAAGCAGUUCAUAUGUUAAUUCAAGUAUGAUACAGGCUGGUGUAAAUGACGGCGCAAGUCCUUUAUCACCAUCAUCAUCGUCAUCUUCCACUGCCACAACAUCUCCCACAUCAUCUAGUGAAAGUACUACUCCUUCUUCACCCUCAAUAUCACCUUCAUCAAGUCAGCCGACUAAUUCGGCGGCUAUCAAAAGACAUAGUUUUACAUUAGGUGCUCAACCGCCUCCGUACCAAGCGCCACCGGCUGUUCAUAGACAUUCCGCUGAAAUUGUAAAGCCUGAUGAUGCUCUCGGAUGUGAUCUUAAUGAUGAUUCAAUUCGUAAUCAAACCGAGCAGCGAAUUCAAAAAUCCCUGCAGUUGCCAUCACAAAAACCCACAGCGACGCAUUUAGAAGAAACUCCGACCAGACAAACAUACCAUCGAAAGAAACAACCUCUUCAAAGUGGAGAACCUCAGUCUUUAAAUGUAUUAUCUAAACCGGUCAACGGAAACGUAAUCGAAAAUUUUCAAAGACAAAGUAGCUUGAGAAUUUCCAAAAAUUCAUCAACACCUUCCAAACUUUAUGGUGCUCCCUCUUUACCAGCAAUGUAUAUCGCUAUAUAUCCUUACAAGCCUCAAAAAACCGAUGAACUCGAAUUGAAAAUAGGAAGCGUAUAUACGGUGAUUGAAAGGUGUCAAGAUGGUUGGUACAAAGGUACCUCACAUCCUAACCAAAAAUGCGGUGUAUUUCCUGGUAACUACGUCACACCAGUCAAGUCAUUACCUAUGCUCCAUGCUCAGUUGAGAGGUUUGGUUCAUUCAUCUGGAUCUCCGAGACAUGAUUCGCACACAUCAUCGGAAGUUAGAGUUUCUACCCCUCAGUCGAAGUCAAAUCUUGUUUCUGUGUCGUCACCUAUACCCGCUCAAGGCAAUGGAAACAUUUCGUGUUUAGCUCCACCGGAACUACCUGCUCGAUCCGUCAGCCCCAUAUUACUUUUUACAACUAGUCAGAAGAAUUCGUCUACUGUUUGGCAUGUUUCCUGUUCUGAAUCGCUGCAAGAUAAAUCGUUAACUACCACGGUGUCCACUGCUAAAAGUCGUUCCAAGAAUGAAACUUCUGAGAGCACCGAAUCGUCAGUUAUUACAUCUACCAGUGCACCACAGAAAUCAAACGGCGUCAAACCUUCUAAAUCAUCUGAAAGGAGUAAAGAGAAGAAAGAUAAGGGAAGUGUGAGUUUGAUGCGUCGAUUAACUAGCAUGAAAAAAUCCAAAUCACCACCUCCUACUUCUUCGUAUUCAAUAGAUAAUCCAGUUUUCGAGGACGGCGGAUCGCCAGUAAUGAUACCAGUUGCUCAUGCUCGAUCUGACUCGUGUCCAAGUCAGUUAUCAUACAAUACACCAACACAUGCUAGUAGCUCUACUAACAAUCAUAAUAUAGUUGGUGGAUCACAGCGAAUUAAACAUAAACACCGAUCAUCUUUGCAAAAUCAGUUCCCAAGAACGUCCGACAGUAACACCGCUUCUCCGUCGAAUUCAAAACUCAGUAAAGAUGAUAAGCCAGUGAUUAGUCAUCGAAAAUCCAGUUCUUUAGAUACUACCGUUUAUGAAGAUAGGCACAAAAAUAAGCCCGUUGCUCCGUUACCUAGAGAAAGGUAUCGAUGUAUCGCUCCGUAUCCCCCUAAUAGCGAAUUUGAAUUAGAAUUGAGAGUUGACGACAUCAUAUUCGUUCAUAAAAAACGAGAAGACGGUUGGUAUAAAGGCACUUUACAACGGAAUGGUCGUACUGGUUUAUUUCCAGCUAGUUUUGUGGAAAGUGCGUGAAUUAUUUAGCUUGUGAUAAAAGUAAGCGAAUAAUUCAAGUCAUAAUUUUUGUCUGUAUUAAUUUAUUGACUUUCAUUUGUAUUUUUAGUAGUUAAUUUUUCAUUCGUGAUGAAAUUUAAUGUAAGUAUAUUCACCGAGUUUUUUGUUACUUGUGUGAUAUGAAUAUUCUCACUAUUGAAUGGUAACUUGAUAGUCAUAUUUUUAGUUUUAUCCUCUAUUCUAUGCGUGAAACAAAGCUGCAUUAUUUGUUCGAUUUGAUUACAUUCGGUGUUUUCGUUCGCUUAAGUUAUACUUACCUUCGAUGUAUGUAAUGCCUUAUGUGCGUUUUCUUCGAUUGAAUCCGAACCAAGAAAAUCCGUUUUUGUGGUUGUGUUUAAUGACGUUUUCUUAGAAUAUGUAUUCUGUGAAUAAUAUUUGACCACUUGGAUUUUUAUUUUAGUAUUGAUUUCGACCGUCCUGUUUUCUUUUCGUUUAGUAAUUUUUAAUUUUUUGUUUGCUUUUUUCAAAGCAACGUCAAUUUUCCUGUUCAAUUUGUUAAAUUUUCUUUUCAAUUUUGUCGAAUUUUAUUCGCUUUUUACCAUUGUAUUAAUGGGAUUUAAUUUCAUUUGCUGUUAAUUCGAACAAUCCACUUUAUAUUUUUAUUACCUGCUUCAAAUUAUUCUGCAAAACUCAACUUAUUCGGGAGAUCUGAUCUUUAUUUAAUUUUAAGGUUUAUUUUUAUUAAGUAAAUGGGAAAACAAAUUAUGUUCAAAAUUUUAUAUUUAUUAUGUAUUUUGUUGGAAUGCGAUGAUAAUUUUUUUGUGCAAAAUUACGUGGGUAAUUUACUUUAAUGUAAGUUAAUGGGUACAGUAAUGUGUUGAAUGAAGAAUAAAAAAUGAAAAGACGUAUACGCAUAUGAAUAUUUUUUACCUUCACUUUCAUUUGUAUCGAUUUUCAUUUAUUAAAUUAUUACAAGUUUUGCUUUUCAAUCAGGUGAAAAUUUGAAAUUCCAACAGGUGUUUCCAUAAAAAAGUUGUAUUUUGUAUUUUUUCGAACUAGAAUUCAUUGCGAUUUCAUUAAAAAGAAAAUUAUACACCGCUUAUAUGAAAUUUGUAUGAUUUUUUGCAUACUUUACCUACUCGCGAAUAAUGACUAAAAGGUACUUGUGAUUUUAUACUUUAAAAGUUUACUUAUAUUUUCGCAGUAAUUUAUUUAGUUCUUAAUUAAAUUUAAUGUGUUUCUAGUGCUAUAUUUAUUAUUAAUUUUGCAUUUAUAUUUUUAUGUCGUUGACGAAAAACGUCGUUGUAACUGAGUAUUAUCAUACGUGUUUAGAAAACCACGCUUUUUCAAAUUGAUUAAACUAUAAACCAAAGAUACCAAACUUGCGGUGUAUGUAUCUAUACCUACACAAAUUAUCAACUUUUGACGUUUACUCUAUAUUUUGACAAGAAUUUUGAUGAUUUUUGUCUUUUUGUAGUAGCUCAUUCAAGUAUUAAAUAACCAUUAUAGUAAUUAUUUCGUACCUUCGUUACUUUAAUUUUGUACGUUUGUAAUGUUACGUUUAACGUUUAAAUUAUUCUAACAUCGUUACAAUAUUUAUGCAUAUUUUCUUCAUUAAAAUUUCGUAAAAAUUCAA